AUGCUGGGUCGGAAGAUAGCUAAAUCAUUUUUGAAAAUCUUUCAGGCUUUUUGUGAAAUUGAAGCAGGGAUCCCUAGCACUGAGAUAGGAUUACUCUUCAAUGGAAUCCCACUACUGGAGAACAGUAAAACCCUGGCUCAGUAUGGGAUUAAGGACGGAGAUAUGAUCGUUCUUGACAGAAUUCGACCACGGGGCGCAGAGCAGCAAAGAGCCAUCGGAGGAGGAGGUCUAGGAGCAGCCGUCGGAGGAGCUGGAGGACUUCCUACCUUUGAUUUUAGCAGGAUUCAGAUACCAACAAACCUAGGAGGAGGAGGUGGAGGAAGUAGACCUGCAGCAGCAAGGAAUGAAGAAGAUCCAGCUUUCAUCAGAGAAAUGUUAUCAGCAAACCCAGACCAGCUUGCUUUACUAAAACAGAACAACCCACGUUUAGCUGAAGCACAUCAGAGUGGAAACUUGGAGGAGUUUGCCAAGGUUUUAAGAGAACAGCAAGCAGCUAGAAGAGACCGGGAACAGCAACGAAUCCGAAUGAUGAACGCUGACCCAUUUGACCUGGAAGCACAGCAGCUGAUUGCGCGUGAGAUUGCGCAGAAGAAUAUUGAUGCAAAUAUGGAACUCGCCAUGGAAAAUAGUCCUGAGAGUUUUGGUUCAGUUAUUAUGCUGUACAUUAACUGCAGAGUGAAUGGGCAUGAUGUGAAAGCUUUUGUAGAUUCUGGUGCACAAGCCACAAUUAUGUCGCAGAAAGCUGCUGAAAGAUGUAAUAUCAUGAGACUGGUAGAUCAGCGAUGGGCUGGGAUAGCAAAAGGAGUUGGAACUCAAAAAAUCAUUGGUCGGGUACACAUGGUCCAGAUCCAGAUUGAGAAGGAUUUCCUGACCUCCUCCUUCUCUAUACUAGAAGACCAACCAAUGGACAUGCUCCUAGGUUUGGAUAUGUUGAAGCGGCAUCAAUGUAUCCUUGAUCUUAAAAAAGGAGUUCUUCAUAUUGGAACUACAGGAACUGAGACUCCAUUUUUACCGGAAGCAGAACUGCCUGCCUGUGCAAGGUUGAGCAGUGACGUGAAUGAGGAGGAUGUUAUUAAAGCCUCUGCUAAGGAAUCCGCUGGUCUUGAGGACAGACAGCUUGCUGAGGCUCUGGCAAGAUCUGCGUCUGAAGUUGCAAUGGACACAUCUCUAGGAGCUGGUCCUAGUGGAGCAUCAGCAGUACCUUCCGUCCCAGCAUCACAGGAUUCUUUCCCUGAAUCUGAUGUUCAGAACCUAAUGAAGAUGGGAUUCAGCCGAGAAAACAGUCUAAUAGAGCUGAGGAAGUUCAAUGGAGAUGUGAACCAAGCUAUUGCUGCUCUUUUCGCCAAAUCUUUGAGUGAGAGCUUUGGAAAGCGGAAAUAGUUUUAGAAACCGGAAAUAGUUUUGCCACGUUGAAAUUGUGAAUUUUGUUGGAAAGCGGAAAUUGUGUAUUUUGUUGAGGCUGACUUGGACCAAUGUGUGUAUACUAAAGGGGAGGGGUGUUUUUGUACAUUUGUAUAUUCCCCUCACCUUUAAUAUAUGCAGUAUGCAACCUCUACUUGGACUAUAUUGAUAUUUUAAUUGCUCCAAAAAUGAGAAAACUUCUCAGAAAAUUUGUAAAACUUUGAUUAUCAUUUUUUGGCACCGAAUAAAUGUCAAGAAAAUAUAAAAAUAUGUGCUGUUAAAUUUGUCAUUUGUAAAAUUGUAUUGAACUAAUUAAAACAAAAUAAAUU